AUGUCCCCAGCGCAUUGGUGCCGCUUCAACGUCAAGCAAGUCUUCCAAAAGCUGAAACCAAAGCGCACGUACACGAAGACGUUUGACAACACGAACCCGGUGCACGACUCCUUCACGCGCCUGCACGGGUGGAAAUGGUACGAGAUGACCUUCUUCGCGCACUGGACGCCGUCGCAAGACACCAUUACGAUUCUCUGCCUCAAUCUGCCCGAUAUCGCUCGCGAUGGGCUCUGCGAGGCGCUUAAUACCUGCGCGAGCAAGGUGGAUCUCAAGGACCCGUACUCGAUUACGGUCUUUCUUGUACAUCAGGUGCUUCGCUUGUACGAUGACUCGGUGUGGUCGAUACGGGAUCAUGUCUGCGAGUGGGAGUCUAACAGACCUCGAGAACCAAACUACGGCGUGCUCCACGAAGUGGCGAGACAUGCCGUCCACGUUAGUGAGACGCUAGAAGUAGCCUCCCAGUCCAUACGGAGCAUCCAGCAACAACACCAAGAUUUCUUGGACUCGGUUAGUCGAGAGAGAGACGAGGACAGUGAUGGCGAUCACGGCGCCGCCAAUCACCGGCCUGUCGCCUGGCGGAAACAUCACAGUCCGUUUCGGUUCCCGCUUAAGCUUGUCGAGGCACUCACGUGCCGGGCCGAGUCGAAUAAAGCGCGUAUCCAGAACGAAAUGCAGCUUAAUGUCGAGGGGACUUACAAUAUUGUCUCGUGUAGGCUUUCCAUACCGCCGCUCAGAAGGAUAGCAAGGUUCAAGUUCGAAUCGGCGAGCAAGCAGGGAAAGAAGCGGAGGCGAUGA